UGUCCCCGUGCGGCUCCACCUUAUGCCCGGUCUCUCCCAGCGGACUACAACAUCGCGUAUCUUGGCCUUUGAUACUCCCAAGUUGAGCUGCUACGUGCGAACAAGACCUUGACGACGUUUCAGCGGCGGGGGAUGCAUUUGUCCACGCACCGAAUGGGCACGCGAAUAUAAGGAUCGGGCUCAUUGCCAUCUCAAUGUACUUAUCAUCAAGACAAUAUCACAAGCUCUAGUUUCCAGUCACUUCAAGCCUACUACAUCAUUCAGCUUCAACAUCCAAACUUCCAACCUAACCCCAGUAUCAAUCUCAAGCCCAAGUACAACUUGAUCACCAGCAUGUCUACAACAACGAUCCGCAAGUCUUUGAUCGAAAGUUUCGGCGAUGCCUCCCACGUCUCCGUUAUCACAACGGAACUCGGUCCUCCAAGCGCUCAUGAAGCUCAAGUCAAAGUUCUUUACUCGGGAUUUGGCGGCUCAGACAUCGCCAUGCGUGUGGGCGGCUACCCCAACCAGAAAGCAGCUCCACUCACUACCGGCUACAGCUGCAUCGGCACAGUAACUCUCAACGGGGCCAAAAGCUCAAAGUUCCCAGUUGGAAGUCUCGUAGGCUGCCUCUGCGUGUAUGAAGGGCAAGCCGAGCUCGUCAACUUGCCGGAGAAAUACUUGAUUCCGAUCCCCACAGGCGUCGACCUUAAGCAAGCCGUAGCUCUGAUACUCGAUUGGACAACCGCAUACGGCAUGGUGUUCCGCAGUGGCAAAGUCAGCAGAGGGCAGCGCGUCUUCGUUCACGGCCUCAGUGGCUCAGUCGGAUUUGCGCUGCUUACGUUAUGUAAGAUGCAAGGCGCAGAGGUCUAUGGUACAGCGUCCGAGUACAACCACGCCGCUGUGCGCGCAGCAGGUGCAAAUCCAUUUGUAUACACCGACAAAAACUGGAUCAUGGCUAUGAACAGUAUCGGCGGUGCGCAUGUUGUCUUUGACCCGCUGGGCUUCGAGUCGUAUGACGAGAGCUGGGAGAUCCUAGCACCUGAAGGCGGUAAAUUGAUCGGCUACGGCGGAAACUACGCGAUCCUGAAUGGUGGCAAGCAGAGAAGUCCCUGGCCACCAGUAGCGAAGCUGAUGGCCAAGAACUUGAACGUGUUUUGUCCCAACAGCACUGCGUUUUUCUACAUUGAUAGAGAUCAAAGCACAUUUGAGCCGGAGCUCAAGGCUCUGCUAGAGAUGCUGAAGAAUGGUGAGAUCAAGGUGCCGAUCCGAAAAUUGUGGACGUUGGAAGAAGUGCCGGAGGCGCAUCGGAUGUUCAACAAAGGGGCUGGUGUCGGGGCCGUGGUUAUUCAGGUGGCGAGCGAUGUCGAUGCUUGAGCAAGAUUUUGAUCUCUCUAAUAUAUAUAACUUAUUCAUGGCUAGAGCUUUCUGUCGGGUGUCCGCGUUGUAUUGACGUAUAUCAGGUCAUUCGUAUCUCAAUAGUCGCUUAUUUUACAAUCUCUUGUCUUGAGCUGAUGCUUCCUGAACGAUUGU